CAAAAUUUCCAUCAAAAUUCAAAACACCCUUCUCGAACUCGUGCGGUGAUAGGAAAGCAAUUAAAAAUGUCCAGUCUUUAUAUUUCAGUGCUUUUCUGUUCUUUUAGUUGAUGUCUAGUAAUUCAGUCGCGCCAUGCAUCGACUCGUGGGCCAUACGUGCGGCAAAGUGGCCAAUAGUUUUCCUGUUUCUCAUUUUUACCCAAAGCAAAGUCCCAAUCAAGCAUGUUUCUUCUGCAAGCAGAGGCACACGCAGCUCCUGGCUGCAGUGCAAAUUAUUGACCGUAGAUCAUUGUCGACCAUUGCAAGUAGUAAUUUUGUGAUUCUUAAUAACGUCAAUAAAACUAAGAAAACUCGCAAAUUGAAGAAAAAUUAUUCGGAGCUACUUCAAGUGAGCAACAAUGACAGUAAUAUGACGAAGGUACGAAUCAAGAACAUGAAAGCCAGUCAACUUGAUAUUUUUACGCAAAAUGAGGAACUUAUGGCCGAAGAAAAUGAAACAUUUAAAGAAGAGGAGUUCUUGAACAACAGUUUCACUGGAGCAGAAUACUGUGAUGAUAUGGACAUGAAAUUUGGAGGAUAUAUACUUAACGAAUCAGAUGCUGUGAAGUAUAAGAACUGCUCUAACUUGUCCGCAGAACACGCUUUUUGCGGUCUCCAUCCAAGUGACCUAUCACCAAUAGGAGAGGCCACUGACGAAUUUAAGCUGAACGAGCCGUCAGAUGGAAAAGGAAAAUCGCCAAAAAAGAAAAAAUCCCCCAAAAAGAAAAAGGACGUCUCAGACUCAGGAUCCGCAAAGGAAAGUUCCAAAGGAAAUACAGGAUUAAGUAGUUUAAUCUCUAAGUAUGAAAAUUUAAGGAGAAUAGAGAAAGAAAAACAUUUCAACCGUAAUGUGCUUUCUUUUAUCGAAGUGUCGAUGAGUUGUCAAUACUUAAACAGAGCCUUGGAGACGUUGUCCUCGUAUGUGAAAUGUAUGAAACUUGCAGGCAAAGACAGCAAGAAAUUUAUGAGAUUGACAGACCCUAAAAUCUUUUCAACCUUAGCUCAUGGUUUUGCAUUGAAGCAUAAUUUUAUCAGAGUGAAAGAAAUUAUUAAUCUCUUUUUGGCAACUGACAUUCUGCCCACUCCACAACUGUUUGCAUCCUGUUUUGACUGCAUCGGUAGAAUGCCUCGCACUCCAGAAACAGAUUCCGAAAUAGAAAAUUUAUUCAAAUGGAUGGAAAAAGAAGGAUUAGCUGUGGAUGAAUUAUUCACAAAAACCGAAUACACUCAUGAUCAGCGACAAAGAGUUCUUGAUGCUGUAAGACGACUGAAGCCUGACUUUGAACCAAAACAAUCUGAGUUUUCACAAACUAACCUAGAUUAUUCAUGUCCGUUGCUACAGCAUUUAAAUGAAGGUGCUAAUACGUUCCGGUCGCCGGCAGAAGGAUUGAUUACACCGAAAUCUUUGAAAAAAUUAGCAGUAGAGCAGUUAAAAGCUGAAUCAAGUGUGUCUGUCAUCAUCAAGUCAAUAGAAGAAGUUGAAGAAACUCCUGAAAUAAUAAAAUACAGAAAAAUAGUGGCGCAACUGAAAGAAGGCUGGAUGAAAAAUAUCAAGCGAGGGCUCCUGAGAGAAAUAUCAAUGCUAGAAUUAAUCGAGAAAAGAAUGCUGAAAUCUCCUGCCACUCCCCAGUUGAAUCUGUAUCCAUACCUCAGAGUUUUAGACUUACAGGCUUAUGCAGACGUCGUAUUACAAGAAGUAGAGAAACUCAUGGAAGGAUCAGAAGUAUUCAGCCAAACCCUAACCUACCUGUAUAAAGAUUUAGGAAAUCAAGUUAAACUUAGGUAUCUAAUCAAACAGAAGAAACAAGGACACAUUCUAGAGAAACAGUUUCAGUUGUACAAAUCAUAUUGUGAUUGGUAUCUAAAUCCAGAUGCAUCUCUUGUCAACACGAGACAAAAAUGGCAGCAGCUCGUUCAUGAUGCAGCCAAUUCUGGACCUGAUCUUAUGGUUCCCGAUCAUCCAUGGAGUAGCGCUGUUUCCAUCAGUAUUGGACGCCUUCUUUACAAUGUGAUCACAAAAGAUAUCAAGAUCAAUGUUAACAUAUUGAAAGGAUCAAAAGGACCUCUGCGAGUAGAACCUGCUUUUUUCGUUCUAUUUCGUACUCAUGGGAUUCGAGCUCACCAAGAAAUAAAGCCACAUCCAAUUCUCUCUCGCUUGGUUAAGUUAGCACGUCCAGAAGAGCUCAGAUUUGAUACGUCACUAGUACCUAUGCUUUCACCACCAAUACCUUGGACAACUGUUCACAAAGGAGGCUAUAUCCUUGCAAAAUCUACAUUGAUAAGAGUACCACUGGGACAUGAUUCUGAUCAAUGUAAUCGCAAACUCCAAGAAACUCCUCUGGUUAACAUGUAUCCUUCCUUGGACUCUCUCAAUCAACUUGGUUCAGUUCCUUGGAUCAUUAAUAAACCCAUUCUUGAUUUAAUAAUUAAAGUAUUUAAUGCUGGUGGUUCACAUAAACUAAGUAUUGCGGAGCCUCCGUCUUCAUGUCAGGCACCUGACGCAUUAUCAGCAAAUGCAACAAAAUUUGAACGAUUCAAGGCUUCAAGGGAGAAGCAGAGCAUAGCCCGUAGACGUGCAGAAUUGCACAGUUUAAGAUGUGAUGCCCUCUAUCGACUAUCUUUAGCCAAUCAUUACCGAGACAAAAUAUUUUGGUUGCCUCAUAAUAUGGAUUUUCGAGGAAGAGUUUAUCCUGUAGCGCCUUUGUUGAAUCAUCUCGGUGCAGAUAUGGCAAGAGCAAUGCUGUACUUUGCAAAAGGUGAACCGCUAGGCCCGAAAGGCCUCGACUGGUUGAAGAUUCACUGUAUUAAUUUAACUGGUUUAAAGAAGCGAAGUCCCAUGCAAGAUAGAUUGGACUAUGCUAAUGAAAUUCUAGAUGAUAUCAUCGAUUCUGCAGACAAACCAUUCGAUGGUAAAAAGUGGUGGCAGGAAUCUGAAAAGCCCUGGCAGACUUUAGCUUGCUGCAUGACGAUACGUGAUGCUAUAAAUUCUGGAGAUCCGGAAAAUUUCAAUUGUCAUUUUCCUGUUCAUCAAGAUGGCUCAUGUAAUGGUCUUCAACAUUACGCUGCUCUUGGUCGUGACCUUGCGGGUGGUAUCAGCGUCAAUUUGACUCCCAGCAACGAGCCACAGGAUGUUUACAGUUGUGUCGCAACUCUGGUUGAAGGACUGAGGCAGAAAGAUGCAGAAGCAGGGGUAGAUAUUGCAAUAAAACUGGAUGGUUUCAUCAGGCGGAAAGUGAUCAAACAAACUGUAAUGACAACCGUUUAUGGAGUCACUCGAUAUGGUGCUCGUCUUCAAAUCGCAAAACAAUUGAAAGAUAUUGAUGAAUUUCCAAAUGAUGAUGUGUGGAAAGCCUCAAACUAUCUUGUUGCCAAGACUUUUCUGAGCCUUCAGGAGAUGUUUACUUCAACAAAAGAAAUUCAGGAUUGGUUUACCCAGUGCGCAAGAAUGAUAGCCCAAAGUGGACAACUUAUCGAAUGGGUCACUCCUCUCGGCCUUCCAAUCGUUCAGCCUUACGUUCGACCAGAAGGCUCUGCCAUUAAAAUAGCCCAAAGCUUGAACCAUCAUGUGCCUCCUUUUCUGAUGAAAUAUUUCUCACGGCCACAUGUGAUGCAGCAGAAGAAUGCAUUUCCUCCAAAUUUCAUCCACUCACUCGACUCGAGUCACAUGAUGCUGACAGCUCUCCACAGUGAGCAAAAACACAUUACUUUUGUGUCUGUUCAUGAUUGCUAUUGGACUCAUCCCAGCUCAAUAUCUAUCAUGAAUGAGAUAUGUAGAGAUCAAUUUGUGAACCUUCAUAGUCUACCAAUUUUAGAGGAUUUAUCCAAGUUCCUUGUUCAAAGAUAUGGAUUUGUUGACGAGGACUUGAUUGGAGAAGACAGCAAAGCUGAGAAUCGAAAAGUUUUCAAUGAAACUCUGCGAAGUGUACCGCCCAAAGGAGACUUAGAUAUAAACCAAGUGAAAGAUUCAGUUUAUUUCUUUAGUUAGUUUGUGUUUUCAGUUAUUUUAUUUUACUUGCAGCCUAGCUGAAUGAGGUCUAAAUGUGAUCAAAAUCCCUUUGAAUGCACUAAUGCACAAAGGGUUACAAGUUGAAAUUAGUACCUAAUGUUCUAUGUACAAUACCAUUAAAAAUAUUGAUUGGUUUGUGCAAUUAGUUGCAACUUGUGAAAAAGACUAUCCUAAGAUUUACCUUGGGCUCUAAAUGUAAUUCUCUAAGGAGAUAGAGGAAAAAAUCCUAUUACCCAUGUGUAUUUCAUCUCACUUGCUAUCACACUGGUGUGAAGACCAAGCAAUUAACCCCUUGCCGAAGUUUACAAUGUUCCAGUUGGCAAGAUUUACCUUGGGCUCUAAAUGUAAUUCUCCAAGGAGAUAGAGGAAAAAAUCCUAUUCCCCAUGUGUAUUUCAUCUCACUUGCUAUCACACUGGUGUGAAGACCAAGCAACUAACCCCUCGCCGAAGUUUACAAUGUUCCAGUUGGCCCCAUAUUCAAUGCAUUUCAGAUUUAUUUUACUAUUUAUCCAACUUCUCGGCUCAAAAUUCCACAAUUGAAGAGAGACUCUCUAGGAACGUUUCUUCCAUUCUUACUUAUACAUAGGUACCCUAUGUACUUAACAAUAAUAAUGCAUUAUGUAGGGAGUAUUCUCUCAGUACAUUCCGAGUCGAAGUCUAAAUGCAUUUUUUUGUUGCUGGUACUGAGUUUCAUGUAUGUCAAAUGCAACAUGUUCCUUGCUCCAUUCUCUUUUUGUAUCUUAAUCUUACGACUAUCAAUCAUAAAUUUAGAAUAAUGGUGUGACCACUAGGAGAUGUUAAUUCUACAUGAAGCCAGUGCGUCAUUUUCCGUGAAAUUUUCUCUUUUAUCAUUUUUAUCAAUUCUGCGGCAAGCGUAAUUCUGCGUAUGAUCACGUGCACAGUUUAUAAGCAAGGAACGAUUGCCAGUGCUUACUUUCUACUGCAUGUGGCUCAACGGAAUAGUACGCCAGUAGUUAGCCUGCUCCGGCAGCCCCUUAUUUGUGAAUUCCCUCAGUCUCCGGCCAACGGACAUUGGUUGAAACCAUGAAUUUUUCUGGUGCUUUCUUUAAAAAAAUGUGAUCCCUGUGAACUUUGAAUAACCGACUGUUUAUUCAAAUAAAUCUUUUGUACUGGUUUGA